UUAAACCACACCCACCUCUUUCUCUGUUUUGCGCAAAUACAAAUGAUGGCAGCUCUGAAUUUUCAAUUCUUGGCUGUUGUGUCACUCUUUCUCAUCAUUCCCAUUUGCUUAAACCACCUAGCCCUUGGCUUUCAAACUCCUCUGGCAACUGCCUUACCCACUCAAAAUGAAACUGACAAGUUGGCAUUGUUAGCCUUCAAGGAUAAAAUACUUGAAGAUCCAUUUGGGUUCAUGAGUUCUUGGAAUGAGUCUCUCCAUUUCUGCAAUUGGAGGGGUGUUUCAUGUAGCUAUCAACACGAGGGCAAAGUUACCAACUUGAAUUUAGCUGGCCAAAAGUUGGUUGGUUCGAUACCGCCCUACAUUGGAAACCUAUCAUUCCUAAGGCAAAUCAACCUCAGUCACAACUACUUCCAAGGGGAGAUUCCUCAAGAGAUUGGUCAUUUGUUCCGGUUGAGACUUCUCAAUCUUAGUUCCAAUGUUCUUCAAGGCAAAAUUCCAAGCAGUUUGGCAUUUUGCUUAAGAUUACAAGACAUCGAUUUCAGCGAGAAUAGCCUUAUUGGCGAAAUUCCUGUUGAACUUCGAAAUCUUUCAAAAAGUGUACGCAUUAUCUCCUUCUUUGCAAAUCAAUUAAUUGGAAGUAUCCCACAAUGGCUUGGGAAUGCCUCUUCACUUGAAGUAUUGGCUUUGAGAAGCAAUAAUAUACAUGGAAGCAUCCCAACGGAGCUUGGAAGACUUCCAAAGUUGGAUAUUCUGAUGCUAUCUGCAAAUAACUCAUCGGGGAAGGUACCUGUUUCUAUUUUCAAUAUUUCAUCACUCUCUAUGCUUUCCUUGGCAGAAAACCAAUUGCAAGGUACAAUCCCGUCUAAUAUUUUCAUUACACUUCCUAAUCUUUGGCUUGCUUUUGCUUGCUAUAAUUUUUUUCAUGGGGAGUUACCAAUUUCAUUACAGAAUGCAUCUAUGCUAAAAAUAUUCUCUUUUGGAAAUAACAAUUUGAGUGGAGUCAUACCUUCCAACCUUGGAAGCUUAAAGAAUCUUGUAGGUUUAACACUUACUCGAAAUCAUUUGGAAAGUGAAGGUUUAGGUAUCCUGACAUCUUUAGCCAAUUGUACCAACCUCCGAGUUUUGGAUAUAGGAGACAACCAUUUGAAAGGUGAAUUGCCUCUUUCAAUUGCUAAUCUUUCAACUAACCUUGGGUACUUGUCCAUAACAAAAAAUCAGAUUUCAGGUAAAAUCCCUGAGGGGAUUGACAACCUAGUUGGUUUAACCUUUUUGCAUUUGCUCCAGAACCAUCUUACAGGUGAAGUUCCUUCUGGUAUUGGCAAAUUAAAAAGGUUAUCUUUUCUUUCUCUAGGUGAGAAUAGAAUUUCUGGACCAAUCCCAUCAUCACUUGGAAAUAUCACCCAAUUGCUUGUAUUAGAUCUGGCAAGAAACAAUUUAAGUGGUACAAUUCCUCUUACCUUGGGAAAUUGUUCUCAACUUGAAAAACUUUACCUUGAUGAAAAUUAUCUUAUUGGAGAUGUACCAAAACAACUCUUGAGCUUAUCUCCCUUCAUAAUCCUUUAUUUAGGGAAGAAUUUUUUUAUAGGACAGCUACCAUUAGAGGUGGGGAACAUGACCAACCUUGUGGAAUUUGAUGUUUCCAACAAUAAAUUCUCAGGAAAAAUUCCAAGCACUUUAGGAAAUUGUUUGAUGUUGGAGGUUCUUAAAAUGCAAGAAAACGUAUUAGAAGGAGAUAUCCCAUUCUCACUAAGUUCUUUGAAAAGCCUUGAAGAUCUUGAUCUUUCAAGAAACAAUCUCUCUGGCCAAAUUCCCAAAUUCUUCCAAAAUUUCACUUUCUUGCAAAAUCUGAACUUGUCCUUCAAUGGACUGGAAGGAGAAGUACCGCAGCAAGGGGUAUUUAAAAAUGCUAGUGUAAUUUGUAUUGUUGGAAAUCAGAAAUUAUGUGGAGGUAUUCAGAAAUUAGGACUCCCUUCGUGCAAGGCCCAAGGCUUGAAAAAGAAAGUGUUGUCUAAGACUUUCAAAAUAGUGAUCCCAAUAAUUGUCUUUAGCUCUAGCAUUGUAAUAGCCUUUCUCUUUUUCUGUUGUUGGAAGAGGAGAUAUAAAAUGAGAGCUUCUACCAUGAUGCUAAAGCUUGAACAAUUUCCAAAGAUAUCAUAUGCAGAGUUGAGUCAAGCAACCAAUGAGUUUUCACCAUCUAAUUUGAUUGGUGAGGGAAGUUUUGGCUCUGUGUACAAUGGAAUGUUGGGGGAAGAUCAAAUGCAAGUAGCAGUAAAGGUGUUGAACCUUAAGAAGAAAGGAGCUUCCGAGAGUUUUAUAGCUGAGUGUGAAGUAUUGAGAAAUAUUCGCCAUCGAAAUUUAGUCCAGAUUAUAACUGUUUGCUCAAGUAUUGACUUCAAACAGACUGAUUUCAAGGCUUUAGUUUACAAACUCAUGAAAAAUGGAAGCUUAGAGGAGUGGUUGCAUCCAAACGAAGGCCAAGCUGGUGAGCAUACUUUAAACCUCAUUCAAAGAAUUAAUAUAGCCAUUGAAGUGGCUUUUGCAAUUGAAUAUCUUCAUGACCACUGCCAACCAUCAAUCAUUCAUGGAGACCUUAAGCCAAGCAAUGUUCUGCUUGAUGAGAACCUUGUUGCUCAUGUGGGGGAUUUUGGUCUUGCAAGAUCUCUAUCCAUUUCUUGUCAACAAAGUAGUUCCAUUGGUGUAAAAGGAACAAUUGGCUACAUAGCCCCAGAAUACAGCUUGAGCAACAGGACAUCCAAACUUGGAGAUGUAUACAGCUUUGGAAUUCUCUUGUUAGAGAUGAUUACAGGAAAACGACCAAUAGAUUCAUUAUUUCAAGACAAUUUCACCAUUCACCAGUUUGUUAAAACAGCAUUAUUGCCUCAAAGAGUGAUGGAUAUUUUAGAGCCUUUACUACUGCAGGAGGUUCAAGAUGAUGCACAUUUAGGAGCAAGGAAUUGGGGAACGAAAGUUGGUAUUUUGGAGAGCUUGGUUGCAGUGGCAAAGGUAGGAGUCCUCUGCUCAAUGGCAUCACCAAAUGAAAGAAUGGAGAUGAAAGAUGUCAUUGCAGAAUUGUGUGCAAUUAAAGACAAGUUCGUUGUCGUAGAAUCUAUUUCCCAUAAGUUGGUUCCAUAAAUAAUUCUACAUAAAGUUUGACUUAAUUGCUCAAGCAUUCUAGUUCGUUGAUACUCUAUUUACUUCUAGUGUUUUGUGUUUAUUUUUUUUCGCCAAACUUGUACUUACUUUUGAUUUUAGACCAAGUUAUAUGAAAUAAGUAUAGAAUAUGAUG